CAAAAGAGAUAAUGCUCGCUAGCUUUCGUUUCUUGUCUUCUAUCAUCAUAUCUUAGAAAACAGAACCAUGUGAAUAGAGUGAACCAACUCUUCAAUACAAACCUUGAAUCUGAGCAUCUAUUUGUUUCUCAGAAGCUUCAAAUUUCAAUUUAAAGACACAAGAAAUGGCUUUGUUCAGAGGUCUCUUGAGUGCAAAGAGAAUCAUUGGCCUCUCUGUAGGGGCUUCAAGCAAAAGGACAGUUUCAGCGCCAAAGGGGUUUCUUGCAGUGUACGUUGGUGAAGACCAAGUCCAGAAGAAGAGAUAUCUUGUGCCAGUAUCGUUCUUGAAUCAGCCUUCUUUUCAAGCUCUUCUAAGUAAAUCUGAGGAAGAGUUUGGAUAUGAUCAUCCAAUGGGUGGAUUAACCAUCCCUUGUCCUGAAGACACCUUUAUCAACGUGACUUCUCCGCUUCAGUGAUGAUGUUCCACAAGAAGAGAACACUGACAUUAGUUAGAGAUAGAAUCAUUCAAUGUAUAUAUGUUAACCCUUUCCUCUUUCUUUGUCAAAGAGAGUUGUUUCAAGAGGUUACGUAACUCAAAAUGUUUUAUGCCAUAUUUCUAUGUAAAGACCAUGGUUUCAUUUACACAAAUUGCAAAAAGUUUUCUGAGAAAUUUGUCAUCAUUCUUGCAUUCACAAUUGUCUAUGUAUCUAUAUUUGUAGCACGUGAAUGUUAUGAGACCCAUACA